AUGGAUAUAGAUACGCCAGCCGCAAAUACGUCAACCGCUCGCGCGGCCACGAAUGUGCCACGCAACGGGCCUACCCCAGCGCCCCGGACGAUAGUUGCAACCGCAUCGGCCGCUGCACCGGCAACCGCACCAGCAACAACGCCGGCACCUGUACCGGCAACCGCGCCUGCAGCGGUCCUACCCUCCGCACCUCGUGGUGGCACGCGACCACCACCAAACCCAUCACAGACUUCGGAGUCCCGUCGGAUAAGCUCGUCACGCGAGGUGAAUCGGCCACCCAUCCAUGGCGGCCGCAUACCCCGAUUCCAACCCUCAGCUCGUGCCGCACCCCAGCGGAGCGGAACAUCACUGCGGCGUUGUGGCAACGCCAUAACGAAAGUGUAUUUGGAGCAAUUUCGCAAUCGUUUAUUACUUAUUACUUAUGCUAAUUAA